CGACGUUGAAGUUUCAUUGUACGUUUGUGACUCGUUCUGAACGGUAAUGCGGGCAAGUUCAUGAGCAGAACAGUCGCUACCGUCCAGUAUGCGGACCCACGAACCGACUGAUUCCGACGAAAGAUUGGCACUCAGGGGAUUAAUCAUGAGUUGGAGGUGCACCUUCUUCCCUUCGCCAAUCCUCAAUCUCCAAAUACACAACGCAUUCACUUUUCCAUCUCCUUUGAACGAUAUCGUUCCGUUCGGGCCAUUCUUUUCGCCUCCGCAGUUGUCUGUGGUCGGAAAAUAUCAAAUAUUAUGGGACAGUGCACACUUGAUGACCAGUCCGCCGAACAUGUUUUUCUCGAAUGACUCGAAAGACCAUGUGCAAACCUAA